UAUAUAUAAUGGAGAGUGGAGAUCACAUGGAGGAAGAUAAUAUUUUUUUUUUUUUGUCACUGGGAGGAAGAUAAUAUAAAAGAUGAAAUUCCAUUAACCUUUCCUUGCUCAAAAAGGAUUCCUCAACCUCCCUCCACAUACUCCUCUCUCUUUUGACGUCUCACCUUCUUCCACCUCAACUCGCCACAUGAGUUGACAUGGAGUCGAUUUCUACGACGAGGAGCUCCGGUUAUGAUCAAUCCCGACGUAAGCGUAAGAAAAAACCACCUUCGCCACCACCACCACCACCACCGUCGUCGGUGCAGAAAUGGAGAUCGGAGAAGCAACAGCAGAUCUACUCUACUAAUAUCAUUCAGUCUCUCAGGGAACUCCGGAUUAGCGAUCCUUCUGCAAAGCCGGCUCCUCCUCGUGGCGGAGGUAGAGCAGUGCGCGACGCAGCUUAUCGGUCCUUGGCGGUUACGGCGAGAGGUAGGACGCUGUGGAGCAGAGCUAUACUAUCUAAAGCUGUGAAAGUGAAACUUAAGUUCAGGAAACAGAACCGGUCGAGAAAUUCGAAUCAGACGAUGGUAUCGGUAACCGGGAAUAACCGGUUAAGGAAGAAGAGAGCUACGGUUUUGAGGCUGAAGGCGAAGGGUUUGCCAGCUGUACAGAGGAGAGUGAAGUUGCUGAGCCGGUUAAUUCCGGGUUGUCGGAAACAGCCGUUACCGGUGGUUUUAGAAGAAACCACUGAUUAUAUUGUUGCGAUGGAGAUGCAGAUUCGUGCUUUGAAUGCUAUUAUCUCCGCCGUUGGCUCCAGCUCGGCGCCGCGGCCACCAACGCCGGAGACAGGUCAUGAUGGCGAAGAGACACACAUGCUCGGUUAGCUUGGCCCCAGCUGUCUUUUUGUAUCUUUCCUGUUUUUAAUACUUUUUUUAUCUGAUCAUGUUAUCUUUUUUUUUCUUAAAUAUUUUUUCAAGCUUUAAUUUGUUAUGUAAGAAGUGUUGUGAGAUGUUAUUGUUGAAACUGAAAGUCUUUCUAUU